GCGCGGGCCGGAAGAGGCGCGGCCAUGGCGGCGCGGAGCUGAUGCCACCAUGGCCACCAGCCGCUCGGAGGACGAGGAGUCGCUGGCGGGGCCCAAGCGGGGCCCGGCCACCCCCGCGGGGACUGUCCCCAAACGGCGCAGCUCCUCCAGGUUCAUCAAGAGGAGGAAGUUCGAUGACGAGCUGGUCGAGAGCAGCCUGGCCAAGCCCUCCAGGGCCAAGGGGGGUCCCGAGCCCCCCCCCAGGCCCGGGGGAGGGGCGGUGGGGGGUGGGGGAGGGGCGGCCCCCGAGCCCCCCCCUGGCGACAGGAAAAAGGUCUCUCGGGCCGUGCCCCACCCGGUGCCCCCCGGGCCCCCCCCGGCGCUGCCCAAGCGGCUCAAGAAGGGCAAACCCAGCCCGGCCCCCCGAGACCUGGGCAGGUGGAAAGCAGCCGACGACCUCCUGCUCAUCAACGCCGUGCUGCAGACCAACGACCUGAGCUCGGUGCACCUCGGGGUGAAAUUCAGCUGCCGCUUCAGCCUGCGCGAGAUCCAGGAGCGCUGGUACUCGCUGCUCUACGACCCCGUCAUCUGCAAGCACGCGUGCCAGGCCAUGCGCCAGCUGCACCCCGAGGCCGUCGCCGCCAUCCAGAGCCGGGUCCUGUUCAGCAAAGCCGAGGAGCAGCUGCUGGCGCGGGUGCCAUCGAGCCCCGUGCCCUCGCUGGACACCUUCCAGGACCUGCUGCAGCGCCACCCGGCCGUGUUUUACCCUGCCAGGACCCCCAAGGCCCUGCAGCUGCAUUGGCAGCUCCUGCGCCAGUACCACCUGCUGCAGGACCAGACAGUGCAGCCCCUCCCCAAGGGGGAUCAGGUGCUGAACUUCUCCGACGCCGAGGAGCUGCUGGAUGACAGCAAACUCAGGGACGUUCGGGACGAGGUCCUGGAGCACGAGCUGACGGUGGCGGACCGGCGGCAGAAGCGCGAGAUCCGGCAGCUGGAGCAGGAGCUGCAGCGCUGGCAGGUGCUGGUGGACUCCAUCACAGGGAUGAGCUCCCCGGAUUUCGACAGCCAGACUCUGGCGGUGCUGCGGGGCCGCAUGGUUCGCUACCUGAUGCGCUCGCGGGAGAUCACACUGGGCAGAGCCACCAAGGACAACCAGAUCGACGUGGACCUGGCGCUGGAGGGGCCGGCCUGGAAAAUCUCCCGCAAGCAGGGGGUGAUCAAGCUGAAGAACAACGGGGAAUUCUUCAUCGCCAACGAGGGCCGGCGGCCGAUCUUCAUCGACGGCCGCCCGGUGCUGGGGGGCUGCAAAUGGAAACUCAGCAACAACUCCGUGGUGGAGAUCGCCAGCCUGCGCUUCGUGUUCCUGAUCAACCACGAGCUGAUCGCGGCCGUGAGGAGCGAGGCCGCGCGGCUGGGACACCAGUAAAAACCAGUAUAAACCAGUAAAAACCAGUAUGAGACCAGUAACACCAAUAAAACCAGUAACAAACCAGUAUGGCUCCGGUAUAACCAGUAACCCCAGUACAACCAUGAGCUGAUCGCAGCCAUGAGGAGCGAGGCCGCACAGCUGGGGCACCAGUAAAAACCAGUAUAAACCUGUAAAAACCAGUAUGAGACCAGUAAAACCACUAUGAGACCAGCAAAAACCAGUAUAAACCAGUAAAAACCAGUAUAAACCAGUAAAAACCAGUAUGAGACCAGUAAAACCAGUAUGAACACCAAUCAAA